AUGCUUUACACUAUUUGUGCAUUUAAUUGUAAUACGCUUUAUUUAUUUUUGUUUCCGGAAAAGAAUUUCCGGAAUUUCCCCUUCUGCACUAUCUCACUAACCUUUCAUUUCAUUGCUUUUUUUUUUGUUAUUGUACAGAACAGUGAGCAAAUCCUUCCCUUAUUUUGUUUUAUUUUGUUUCGCAAAUUUCUUACAGCCGUUUGGGCAGGCGAACACGAACGUCUUCUUUACGACAGACUCACUCAUGGCUAUAAUGUUUUGGCUAGGCCUGUAAAAAAUGAAAGUGCACCUAUAAUAGUUCAUUUAGGGAUGGAUUUACAGGCUAUUAUAGAUAUUGACGAAAAAGCCCAAAUAAUGCAAACAAAUAUUUGGGUACGUAUGAAUUGGGAAGAUAUUUUUCUGACAUGGGAUCCAGCAGAAUAUGGGGAUAUUAAAGAAGUUAGACUGCCAAUAACCUCUAUUUGGAAACCCGAUGUUCUUUUAUACAAUUCUGUUGAUCAACGUUUUGAUACUUUAUGGCCAGUAAAUGCUAUUGUUAAAUAUAAUGGGUCUGUUACUUGGAUACCUCCAGCAAUUAUUAGAUCUUCAUGCAGAAUUGAUGUAACAUCAUUCCCCUUUGAUGACCAAACAUGUGCAAUGAAAUUUGGUUCUUGGACUUAUUCUGGCUUUUUUACUGAUUUAUAUAAUGAUUCUGUUUCUUUAGAUCCCUACACUCCAAAUGGAGAAUGGAAUUUAUUAAGUGUCCAAUCAGUUCGAAACCGAUUGGUUUAUGAUUGUUGUCCAGAACCUUAUGUUGAUGUUACUUUUCUUAUUUCUGUUAGAAGGCGAACCCUUUAUUAUGGUAGCUUUUAUUUUUAAAAUUAAUUAAUGAAGAAUUUAAAUCUUUUUUUUUGGCCGAACGACAAAAUUAAAUAAUUUGGCCGUCUGGACAUUUUGAAAAUUAAUAAGUUUAGGUUUUUCGUUAUUUUACCCCCAAUAAACAUUUUUUCCAAUCCCUUUGUAUUC